AUGUCCUCCUUCUACCCUCCUCACGAAUUAGGCUCUGCUUCUCCCCAUGAAGGAUCCUCUCAUCUGGGAGACAAUUUGCGCCCGGGCGGAGGAGCAAGUGGUACUCCAUCACCCGCUCAAAUUUCUGCCAUGAUGAUGCACAAUCCGAAAAGGGCAUAUCGACAGAGAAGAAAGGAUCCGAGUUGCGACGCAUGUCGUGAACGCAAAGUGAAGUGUGAUGCGACCGAGACGUCGAGUUGUACGGAAUGUUCCAGUCGCAAUGUUCGUUGUCAAUUCACCAAGGAUACGAAUCGUCGCAUGUCCUCCAUCAAACAAGUUCAGGAUUUGGAGAGACAACUCCUAGAAACCCGUCAACAGCUCGAGCGGUUUCGUGCUGUAGAGCAAAGGAUUGAUCUUUCCAGCGACCUCCAUCCUGACUCGGCCUCGUCGGUUUUCACUGAAUUCCCGUCUAUCGGAAAAUCUCCUCGAAGGAUGUUGAAAGCAAGAUCUCCCCAAGACCUUACAAAUGCAAGGGUACAAUUGAAUGAUGUCGGUCGUGGCUUGUUGAAACCUCCAGUAACAGAGGCGCAACUUCGAUCCCACACUGCUGCACAUUCGCCCGUUUCGGAUCUACCGGGAUUGCCCUCACAACCGGCAGCAGAACGACUCCUCCAUUACUACCAUGAAUGCGUUCAUCGUCACUUUCCCGUUCUCUAUUGGCCAAAGUUUCAGCGAACGUUUGCCAUUGCCAUGGAGAGAGACAGCGCACAUUCGUUAUCAACGGAUUGGAUCGCGACCUUAUACGGCGUACUCGCGUGCGGUGCUCUGGCUACACAUGAUCCUAGCCGACUUCCGGAGGCACAGGAAUACCUGACAAGGUCGAUAUCAAUCAUCAAUUUCUGGGAAGAUGAUGUGUCUACAAACCAGGCAAUUGUGGCCUUUUUGGCCAGCAUUGGGCUGCUAGAGAUGAACAGGAAGUCUGCCAGCUGGAUUUGGCUCGGGUCUGCUAUUCGCAUUGCCCAAGAUUUAGGUCUCCAUGUUCAAGGGGGCCAGUGGUCACCUAUUGAAGGGGAGAUGCGCAAACGUAUCUGGUAUUCGUUUUAUGUAUGGGAUCGACUUCUCGCUUUAGAAUUGGGAAAGCCAAUGCUCAUCAACGAUGACGAGUGUGAUACGGAGUAUCCAGAAGUCCUUGAUGAAGAGCGCCUUGUGACCGACGGGAUUCAGAGUCCUCUUCCCCCCACGUUACUCCUGGCCAAUAUUCAUAUUGCCCGACUCAUGGCACCACUCGCCAAAAUGUUCCGGUCCCUUUGUAUCACCAACGAGGCCCUCGGCAAAUUCGAAAGCUAUCUGGGGGAUUGCCUACAGUUGUUUCCCACGCCAUUGCAGCUAUCGUCCUCAACACCCUUAGAUCCAUGUGUUAUGGCGCCUCUACUUUAUUUUCAGAAUACCCGCAUCAUGCUUCAUCGCCAUAAUUUGUCUCCCUCUUGCUCACAUGAACAGAGGGUGCAAGCCAUCGAUCAGUGCGUCCAUGCUUCUCGAGACACGGCAACCCUGCUCUCACGUAGUAUGAUUCCGCACGUACAAUCACAAGACUGGCAGCAACGCUUUAUUCUCUCUUCCACUACUCUGCUUUGCACACACAUGUGGCGGUGUAUGCUCUUUUUGUCUUUUCGACAACUUUACGACAGUUUCUUUUUGGUUCUGAGGGCCGCUUCAACAAUCAAUGACUCUAGAACCAUCAAUAUCUCCUGUGGAAGACAUCUCUCAUUUUUCUUGCGUCGGUUGAUUGAACGUUCGGAGCAAGCAACCAGAUACGAGGUCGAACAAGAUGAGGAACUCCUGGUAUACCUAUCUGGGGAUCUUCAAGCAAGUACGAAUAGUUGGGUAUGGGGCAAUGCUGAAACCGGAACUCAUCUGAGCCGUCGCCAGAAACAUGGCCGGCCGAGACAUGCACAUCAAGACAAUGAUCCUCAAGCUUCGUCGAAUGCUCAAUCACCGUCCUGGGAUAGUAUAUUGUCCGAAGAAGAACAACACGACUGGGGGGGAUGGUCGCAUGUUGAACAAUUGGCGAAAUAUUUACAACAGUUGCACGAAUUCCGACAAAAUCAUCCACAAAACCCGAUGCCGCCUGGUUUUCCAAGACUGCCAGCGCCGGGUGGACAUUCGCCUGGUCCCACGCUUCCUCCAAUCAGUACCCCGAUAGCAGACUCGAAUCGGUCACGAAUGACCAUCGCAAAUAUUAUAUAG